AGGGUCACUUCCGCCUUCCUGCGGAAGUUUCUCCACGUGUGACAAGAUGGCCUCCUCCUGACAGCACAGUGUUCUCCUGCUUCGGGACAACGUGGCUGUGAAUUUUGAUAUUUAGAUAGUCAGAUCAGGAAUUACUACAGUGGGAUUUUCCCACAAAACUCGUUAUUCACCAAACUCCCAGCAUGGCAAGUGAGAAAGAGGUAUCAGCAGUGGGGCGAAUCCUUGCCGACCCACAAGUACCACUAACUGCCCGGUUUCGUGCGCUUUUCACAUUGCGUAACCUCGGAGGUGCCGAGGCUAUCGACUGGAUCAGUAAGACCUUUGUGGAUGAGUCAGCACUCUUGAAGCAUGAGCUAGCCUACUGCCUGGGGCAAAUGCAGGAUGAGAAGGCCAUUCCCAUACUGGAAGUUGUGCUGAAGGACACUACACAGGAACCCAUGGUUCGACACGAAGCUGGGGAAGCAUUAGGGGCAAUAGGGAAUCCCGAAGUACUUGACCUACUGAAGGAAUAUUCCAAAGACCCAGUUAUUGAGGUGGCUGAGACAUGCCAGCUUGCCGUUCGCCGGCUGGAAUGGCUGAUGAACGGUGGGGACCAGAUAGAGGACGGUGUGGACGGCAACCCCUACACUUCCGUGGACCCUGCACCCCCAGCCCCGCGAAAAAGCGUCUCAGAGCUCAGGGCUCAACUCCUGGACGAGGCCCUGCCUCUGUUUGAACGCUACAGGGCCAUGUUUGCACUGCGCAAUAUGGGGACUGAAGAAGCUGUGCUGGCCCUGGGUGAUGGUCUCCAGUGUGGCAGCGCCCUUUUCCGCCAUGAGAUCGGCUAUGUGCUGGGGCAGAUGCAGCAUGAGGCCAGCAUUCCGCAGCUGCAGGCGGUGUUGGAACGUGAUGGCGAGAGUGCCAUGGUGCGCCAUGAGUGCGCAGAGGCCCUAGGCGCCAUCGGGAAGGAGUCGUGCUUGCAGACGCUGCGACGCUAUCGAGAGGACAGUGAGCGUGUGGUAAAAGAGAGCUGUGAAGUGGCACUUGAUAUGUAUGAGUAUGAGAACAGUACACAAUUCCAGUAUGCUGACGGCCUUCUGCGGUUGCAAAGAGUACAGUGAGCAUGGUAUGAGGUGGGGGGGUCAUUCAUAGGUUCACAUACAGUAACAUCCACAAGAUAGUCAUCUGAUGUCUUACCUCAGUGAAACUGAUCACAAAGUAAAUACAACACCACGUGAUUUUAUUGAAACUUAAGAGCCUUUGAACUAUGUUACGAAUAUGAUGGCUGCUAUUCAGAUUGCUCAAAUCCAAAAAAUCAGAUAACUGUUUUUUGAAAUGAAAAAUAAUAUCAGUAUAUUAAAUAUGUUAUGAGUAGGGAUAUGUAAAGGUCUUUCUGAUACAUAGAUGACGGAUCUUGAAAAGGCUUCUUACAUUUCAGGCUGUUCUGUUAUUUUUGUUCCUUUUCUGUUAAAUUUUUCUUGUAAAAUGUCUGAAGUGAGUAUUUAUUGCAAUAAAAUGAAAUUAUUGCA